ACAACCACAAGGCUUCUCUGCUCUCCCACUUUCUCUUCUUUUCUUGAAUCUUACCUCUUGUUUCUUUCAUCUCUCAAGGGAAGGAAUGGAUUGUGUGAGCCCAAUCUUGGAUGUUGUAACUCGCGUGUGGGACUGCACAGCCAAGCAUGCAGUCUACAUCAGGGAUCUACAGGAAAAUAUGGACUCUUUAAGAAACGCAAUGCAGGAGCUGAAGAAUGUACAUGAAGAUGUGAAGGGAAGAGUUGAACUUGAAGAGCAACGGCAAAUGAGGCGCACGAAUGAAGUGGACGGCUGGCUCCAUGGUGUACUAGCCAUGGAAAUACAAGUCAACGAGAUCCUGGAGAAAGGCGAUCAGGAAAUCCAGAAGAAAUGCCCUGGAACUUGUUGCCCCAGAAACUGCCGGUCCAGCUACAAGCUCGGGAAGAAAGCGACUAAAAAGCUGGGUGCUGUGAUUGAAUUAAGGAACAAGGGACGCUUUGAUGUUGUGGCUGAUAGGUUACCUCAAGCUCCGGUGGAUGAGAGGCCGAUGGAGAAGACUGUGGGCUUAGAUCUGAUGUUUACAGGGGUUUGCAGAUACAUCCAAGAUGAGGAACUCGGAAUUAUUGGGUUGUACGGUAUGGGGGGUGCCGGGAAAACUACCCUCAUGACCAAAGUGAAUAAUGAGUUCAUUAGAUCGAGCAAGAGCUUUGAAAUCGCCAUUUGGGUUGUAGUAUCCAGGCCAGCAAGUGUGGAAAAAGUACAAGACGUCAUUCGGAACAAGUUAGACAUCCCGGAUGAUAGAUGGAGAAACAGAACUGAGGAUGAAAAAGCAGUAGCAAUUUUCAAUGUCUUGAAGGCAAAAAGGUUUGUGAUGCUGCUAGAUGAUGUAUGGGAGCGGCUUGAUCUCCAAAAAGUGGGGGUUCCUUCUCCUAAUUCCCAAAACAAGUCCAAAGUAAUAUUAACAACCCGUUCUCUGGAUGUUUGUCGGGAUAUGGAAGCUCAAAAAAGCCUUAAGGUGGAGUGUUUGACAGAAGAUGAGGCUAUUAAUUUGUUCAAGAAGAAGGUUGGAGAGACUACUCUAAAUUCACAUUCGGAUAUACCCCAACUUGCUGAAAUUGCUGCUAAAGAAUGCCAAGGCUUACCACUUGCAAUCGUCACUAUUGGGCGAGCUAUGGCUGACAAGAAGACUCCACAAGAAUGGGAGCGAGCAAUCCAAAUGUUGAAGACUUAUCCAUCAAAGUUUUCAGAGGACCAUGAAAUUUGGGAUGAGGAUCUUAUAUUCCUUUGGAUUGGAGAAGGGUUUUUGGAUGGAUUUGCUAGCAUAGAUGAAGCAUUAAACCAAGGGCACCACAUCAUUGAGCAUCUAAAGACAGUAUGUCUAUUCGAGAAUGGUCUAUUUGAUAGGGUUAAAAUGCAUGAUGUCAUUCGUGAUAUGGCUUUAUGGUUAGCUUCAGAAUAUAGGGGCAAUAAGAACAUAAUCUUGGUAGAAGAAGUUGAUACUGUGGAAGUUUACCAAGUUUCAAAGUGGAAAGAGGCACAUCGGCUACACCUGGCGACAAGUAGUUUGGAAGAACUCACUAUACCACCAUCUUUUCCCAAUCUCUUAACUUUAAUUGUUAGGAGUAGAGGCCUGGAAACAUUUCCGAGUGGAUUCUUCCAUUUCAUGCCAGUUAUAAAAGUUCUGGAUUUGUCAAAUUCUGGAAUAACUAAAUUACCUACUGGAAUCGAAAAAUUAAUUACACUGCAAUAUCUCAAUUUGUCAAAUACAACUCUAAGAGAAUUGUCCGCGGAGUUUGCGACUUUGAAAAGACUAAGAUAUCUGAUAUUAAAUGGUAGUCUUGAAAUAAUUUUUAAGGAAGUAAUAUCACAUCUCUCAAUGUUGAGAGUUUUUAGUAUAAGAUCUACAUAUCACUUGUCAGAAAGAAAUGAUAUUUCGUCAUCCACAGAGGAGGAGGAGGAGGAGGAAGCCAAUUAUUCAAGGAAGGAUGAUAAGGCUAUUUAUUUACAUGAGGAUAAUAAAGCAUUAUUAGAGGAGUUAGAAGGGUUGGAGCACAUAAAUUGGGUCUCUUUGCCCAUUGUAGGUACUCUGUCUUUCCAAAAGUUAUUGAACUCCCAAAAACUACUGAAUGCUAUGAGAGAUUUAGACCUUUGGAACUUGGAAGGUAUGAGCAUACUCCAAUUGCCAAGAAUCAAACAUCUACGUAGCCUUACAAUAUAUAGAUGUGGGGAGCUACAAGACAUAAAAGUCAAUCUAGAAAAUGAGAGGGGUAGACGGGGAUUUGUAGCAGAUUAUAUCCCUAACUCAAUUUUCUACAACCUCCUCUCAGUACAGGUUCAUCUACUUCCAAAGUUGUUGGACUUGACAUGGCUUAUUUACAUCCCAAGUCUUAAACAUCUUGGUGUAUAUCACUGUGAAUCCAUGGAAGAAGUGAUAGGUGAUGCGAGUGGGGUCCCUGAAAAUCUUAGCAUAUUCUCAAGACUCAAAGGUUUGUACUUGUUUUUUGUACCAAAUCUAAGGAGCAUCAGCAGACGAGCUUUGCCAUUUCCUUCCUUGGAAACCCUCAUGGUGAGGGAAUGCCCAAACCUAAGGAAGCUGCCAUUGGAUUCAAACAGUGCAAGAAACAGUUUAAAGACAAUUGACGGGACAUCAGAGUGGUGCCGAGGGUUGCAGUGGGAGGAUGAAACCAUUCAGCUCACUUUCACUCCCUACUUCAACAAAUAGAGUCUGUCUGUGAAGAAAUGACAGAAUGGUGGAGAGAAGCUGCACUCCUUCCCUUUCCCACCCUUUUACCUGCUUCUCCCAUGUACGCUCUCUCAGGACAAGUCUUUGAAGAAUACUUGACUCAGCUGAAACUCCUCGCAAUUGUUGGAUCACUGGAUGCUUUGUGUGCAUAGGAUGGAUGGGUUGCAUAAAUAGUCAUUUAAAAAGCAAAAAAAAAAAAAAAAAAAUUCUUGUAUGCUUGUAUUGUGUGUAAAGUUGAGUGAAAAAUUCUCGUGUGUAAGGUGUGAAGCUACUGCCCCUCAAUAAAUGUAAGAUAUCUAAUUUUAGGUAUCUAAAAGUUGGUCUUGAAACUAUCCUAUAGUGGUAUUUAAAAUGAACACUCAUAAGAAGAAGAUGGUUUUACA